GCGUCCCUCUGCCAGCCUUGACAACGCGGCUCGGAUCUUCCGUACAGAAUGGCGGUUCCCAUGGACCAGGAGAGAGUCUUCCGUACAGCAAGGCCGCCUACAGAAUGCGAACCACGCCCCCUCCCGCCCAGCCACCGGAAGUUUCCUUUUGAAAGCGAGGCGGUAGGCUUGGCAGAUGGCUGGGCGGUUGCUGCAGAGCUUCUGAACAAGAGCUACGGGGACUGCAGGCGGGCGCACCAGGCGACCGGGUUCGGCCCGCCAAUCCCCCUCGUGACGAUGACCAGUGUGGUAAAGACGGUGUGCUGCGCGCACGCCUCCCGGCCGAACGGCACCCAGCCAGCAGAUGCACAAACUCGAGCUACUUCUAAGAGUCUAUUACCUGUUAAGUUCAAAGAAGUCGAUGUGUCCAGACAGCUUCAUUCAGGGAGUUCAGAGAACGAUAUUACAAAAGUCACCAAAUUGAGGCAGGCGAAAGCUGCAGAGACUGUCAUCAGGAGGAACAUGAGAAAGGGCUAUAAACCAUUGAGUAAGCAAAAAUCAGAGGAAGAGCUCAAGGAUAAAAACCAGCUCCUAGAGGCUGUCAACAAGCAGUUACACCAGAAGUUGGCUGAAACUCAGGGAGAACUGAAGGACCUAACUCAGAAAGUGGAGCUACUGGAGAAGUUUCAGGACAGCUGUUUAGCAAUUUUGGAGAGCAAAGGCCUCAACCCAGGUCAUGAGACCCUGGCAUCACUGCAGGAAUCCACUGCUGAUCACACGGACUCCAUGCUGCUGUUAGGAACUUUGCAAGAUGAGCUGAAGAUUUUCAAUGAAACUGCCAAGAAGCAGAUGGAGGAGUUACAGGCUUUAAAGGUAAAGUUGAAGUUGAAAGAGGAAGAAAGAGUCCGAUUUCUGGAACAGCAGACCUUAUGUAAUGAUCAAGCCAGUGAUUUUACUAUGGUCCUGAAGGAAAUGGAGCAACUGUUAGAAAUGUAAUAAAAGGCAAGUGGCCUGAUGGCUCCCUUGUGGGGAUAAAUUCAGAGGAAGCCAUUUAGGAUAUCUUCCUGGCCAUGAUCUUCGAGGACUCACCAUCCCCAAUGUACAAAGAGUUUCCUCAGUAGUUAAUCUGAUUAAGGACAGUUCUGCUGGAAUGGUGUUCCUCCUCUAAGCAGAUUUCCCCAGCUCUCCUGAGCUUCACAUGUAGCUAAUGGAGGCCUACAAGAGAGGCACUGGAAAUUUGACUCCACCUCUUGGGCAACAAAGCAUGGAACAUUAGAAUCAGGAAACUCAACCAGCCACCAUGAAGGAUCUAGAGGCUCUCACUCAGAUGCAUGGGAAGCACCCUUCAAGACAGCACAUGCGCUGUGUGGGAGACAUCACUGAGGAGCUAUGCUGUCCCCUUCCAGCUUUGGAACAUAUCCUAUCCUUCUGAAAUUUCUAGAAGUUUUGGCUUAAUAAAGGGGUGAAGGUAUACACAGUAGCAACCCCUACUGAGAAUACAUCUGGAGCUUUUAAUCUGAAUCACUUCUGUUGGUUAUUUUAAGUACUAUCGAAAUAAAUAUUUCUGUGACUAUUAAUGCUCUGUUAACUCUGGGGAAUGAAAAUGGCCUUUUUUUUUUCAUCUUUGUGGUGACUUAUGUAUUGUGAUUAAUGAAUUUGGGAGACUGAGGCAGCAAGAUUGCCUUGAAUUAGAUGCUAUCCUAGGCUGUAGAGAUCCUGUCUCAAGUAAAUAAAUCCAUAAAAUGAAGAAAAGGGAAGGUUCUGGGUGUGUGGCAGUUUAUGCCUCUAAUCCCAAUGCUCCAGAGACAGAGGCAGGUGAAUCUCCUUUAGAUCUAGGCCAGCCUGUUCUACAUAGUUCCAGACGAGCUGGAGCUACAGGGAAACCCUGUCUGGAAAAAUACAGGAAAUACAUCAGUUGAGUGCAUUAGGACAAGUUCAAGGUAUGAUUUACCUAGCAUAUCUUACCUCUACCAACUAGGUACCUGUGACUGGCUCUCCUUGCGUGCCAGGAUUGUUGAUUCUUCCUCAUUCUAGUAUGUGCCAGAUACAAUUCACCAGAUUCGUAGCCAGUUGGUGUCUUUGUUCUGUCUGCAGUUUGCCUGGAAUUUUGGGCCUGGUCCCACAGAUACUGUUGUCUAUAGUCUGACAUCCCCAGUAGCCUCCCUCUUGGGUUCAUUAAAGGCCCAGCCAUAUUUUUUUAAAAUGCAGGCUUUUACUUUGGACAGCUCCCAUUGUUUUUAUGCCUUCAAAUUUCUUCACCAACCCAUCAUUAAGACUGCCCAGAGUCGUUUGUUUCCUGUGCCUGCUGGAAGAUGUACAGCUUAGUUUCCACUCCUCCUCUCCAGCCACCAUGCCUCCCUGACAUGAUGGACUGUAAUUCCCCUGGAACCAUAAGCUCAAAUAAACUCUU